UCCCCUGUUCAGAGAAAUUAGUAAUUGAAGUUGUUGGGUUUAUGUUUAUUUACCACUAGAUGGUGCUGUUCCUGCUAUUUGGUGAUUAUUUGUUAAAGAUCCCCCCCCAUUGUUAAAGGGAUAGUUCACCCAAAUUACAAAAUUGCAUAUUGUAUGGUACAGGUAUGACAGCAACCCAUGCUUUGGGUUUGUUUACCUUGCCACUGUUUCAAAUGCUAUCUUUUUAGCAUUUGUGUCACAAAUCCAAUGCAAGUCAACUAGCAUUUUCAUGCUUUAUAUCCAAAUCAUCCUAAAGUUUCAAGGAAAUUGAUUGUUUAACUCAAUGAUAUUACUUAUAGCAAUUUGUUUGUGUGUCAUGUGUUAAAAUAUUAAAUUAAAUAUUACAAAUAAAAUAAAAUUAUCUACAAUGUACCGUGACUGUACAUAUCAUACAAGGAAAUAUUGUGUAAAGCAGCAAGUGAACACUGAUAUUAUUCAUUACAAAUAAAACUCUCUCUCUUGAUUUGGACUCCAGCUCAUGAUUCAGAGAAAGAGAAUGUGAUGCACUCUGCAGUCAUCACAACGACAGAGCAUCUACAAAGAUCUACUAUUGUGUACCCUAGCAGCGCUUCCCUUUUUUCCCUACAUUUUAAUAAUAUUCAAAUUCAUAUUAUCAACAAAUCUACUAUCUCGUCUUCCUAUUAUGCAAAGCUUGAUGUCAGGAAAAUUCCUGACUUUCAAAUCUACACAACACAAAAAGUUCUGCCUUGCUUUAGAUUAGCAACCUGCAGCUUACCAAGCGCUCAAAAUCCUGUGCAACCUUGCCUUGCCAGCUGAUCGGCCCAUUGUGUUAGAGAUGUGGGGAACAGGAGAGGGAACUAGAGAGAGAGGCGAGGGGGAGCUGGGUCUCCUACGCGUGAGUGUUGAGGUUGGGUCUUACCCCCUCCUCUGAGGGCCUUCAACACUCCGGAGCACUUUCACAAAGGGAGAGCCAUGGAGCUGAACUAACCAUUCACCCAGAGCCACAGAAUGGGGGUGAGAGUCCAUCUCCAGGAGAGGAGCACCCAGUUGCAGCCACUCAACGAGGGAUACAGGCAGCUCCGAGGUGCUGGCUCUCUUUAUCUCCUUCCAGGCACUUCCAGGUACCACCACCACCACUGCAGCACCAAGGGGCUGGUUAAUGAGUUGGAGGAGGCAGAGGGAGUGGCUGUACACAAGGGGCUGAAGUUCACCGGCACACAAGCAGCAGGUGGAGAGAGCGAGCGAGAGAUUGUGAGAGAGAGCCUGACGCACUGACGCUGUCAAGGAGACACACACGUCCUCCACCUGACUGAGGUAUCUUUUCUAAGGUGAAUCUGGCACCAUGCCACAGAUCCAGGUCAAAACCCAAGUUGCAAAAGUCUUCAAUAAAACCACGCCAGGGCUGCAGAUAUGGAGGAUAGAGGACAUGGAGAUGGUGCCCUUCCCUUCUAAAGCAUAUGGACAAUUCUAUGAAGGUGACAGCUAUGUCAUUCUAUACACCAAUAAGAUGCGCAGCUCAUUCACCUACGACCUCCACUAUUGGCUGGGAAGGGCCACCUCCCAUGACGAGCAGGGGGCGGCGGCCAUCUACACCACCAUGAUGGACGAGCACCUGGGAGGCGUGGCUGUGCAGCACCGUGAGGCGCAGGGCUAUGAGAGUGACACCUUUCGUGGAUACUUCAAAAAGGGCAUCAUCUACAAGAGUGGCGGCGUGGCGUCCGGGAUGAAGCAGGUGGAGACCAACACCUACAACAUCCGCCGCCUGCUCCAUGUCAAGGGAAGGAAGCAUGUGGUGGCUGGAGAGGUGGACAUGAGCUGGAACAGCUUUAACAAGGGGGAUGUGUUCCUGCUGGACCUGGGCAACCUCAUCAUCCAGUGGAACGGACCCAAGAGCAACCGUAUGGAAAGACUCAAGGGGAUGACUCUAGCCAAGGACAUCCGUGACAGGGAAAGAGGGGGACGGGCGCAGGUUACCGUGGUGGAAGGGGACGACGAGAAGUCUUCAGAGGAGGCCAUGAAGCUGAUGAAGCAGCACCUGGGUGAGACGAGACGAGACAUCAGGGACAGCAUCGCGUCUGAUGACGUGGUCGACCAGAAGCUGAGGUCCAGCGUCAAGCUCUUCCAUAUCUCAGAUGCCCAGGGGAACCUUGUGGUGCAGGAGGUGGCAGUGAAGCCUCUGACUCAGGACCUGUUGAUUCACGAGGACUGCUAUCUGUUGGAUCAAGGUGGUAUAAGGAUCUUUAUCUGGAAAGGAAAGAAGGCUUCCAAGACAGAGCGGUCUGAGUCGUUGGAUAAAGCAGAAGCAUACAAGAAGGCGAAAGGCUACCCUAUCUCCACCUACGUUGAGACGGUGAACGAUGGUGCUGAGUCUGCCGUGUUCAAGCAGCUGUUCCAGAGGUGGACCGUGAAGGGUCAGACUGUGGGGAUGGGGGCCACAAACAGCCCAGGCAAAAUUGCCAAGAUUGAGCAGAUCAAGUUUGAUGCUACUUCCAUGCAUGCAAGGCCUGACCUGGCUGCCCAGCAGAAAAUGGUGGAUGACGGAACAGGCGAAGCAGAGGUGUGGAGGUUAGAGGACAGUGAGCUGGUGCCUGUGGACAGGAAGUGGUUGGGCCACUUCUAUGGAGGCGACUGCUAUCUCAUCCUCUACAAAUAUGAAGUCAGCAACAGGAGUCACUACAUGCUAUACAUAUGGCAGGGUCGCCAUGCGAGCACAGGAGAGCUGGCUGCCUCUGCUUUCCAAGCCGUGAACAUCGACCGGCAGUACAACGGGGAGCCAGUUCAGGUCCGAGUGCCCAUGGGGAAAGAACCACUCCACCUCAUGGCCAUAUUCAAGGGCAAGAUAGUGGUCUAUGAGGAGGGGAGCUCCAGAGCCAACUCCACACAUGCCCAGCCGACAGUUCGUCUCUUCCACAUCCACGGCACCAACGAGUUCAACACCCGCGCCAUCGAAGUGCCAGCACGCUCCUCGUCCCUCAACUCCAACGAUGUCUUUGUGUUCAGCACUGACACUUGCUGCUAUCUGUGGUACGGAAAGGGCUGCAGUGGUGAUGAGCGAGAGAUGGGAAAAUCCCUGGCAGACAUUAUCUCCAGGAGGGAAAAACAUGUCAUCGCAGAGGGCCAGGAGCCGGCUCACUUCUGGGUCAAUCUGGGAGGCAAGUCCCAGUAUGCCAACAGUAAGAGGCUUCAGGAAGAGCACAACAACAUCACCCCACGUCUCUUCGAGUGCUCCAAUCAGACAGGCCGCUUCCUGGCUAUGGAGAUCACCAACUUUAACCAGGACGACCUGGACGAAGAUGACAUCAUGCUGCUGGACAUCUGGGACAUGGUGUUCCUGUGGAUGGGCAAGGGAGCUAAUCAAAUAGAGAAGGAGAAUGUGGUCCCCACCGCACAUGAGUACCUGAGGACCCACCCAGGGGGUCGAAAUCUGGACACCCCCAUUGUGCUGGUCAAACAGGGAUUUGAGCCUCCCACCUUCACAGGCUGGUUCCACACCUGGGACCCACACAUGUGGAGUGGAGGGAAAUCCUACCAGGAGUUGAAGGCUGAGCUUGGGGAUGCCACUGAUAUCAUCCAGAUCACCGUGGACAGAACCACAUCCAACUCCACUCAAAAUAAUUCCAAGAACAUUGGAGAACCACUGUUGUCCCCCACCGUUGGGGUCACCUUCCCUGCAGACAAGCUGUUAAACCGCCAGACAGACGACCUGCCCGAUGGGGUUGACCCUACCAAGAAGGAGGAGUAUCUGUCCAAUGAUGACUUUGCUCUGAUCCUGGGUGUGUCCCGGGUAGAGUUCUACUCCAUGCCCUCCUGGAAGCAGCAGAAUCUGAAGAAAGAGAAGGGUCUGUUCUAGGAGAAGAAUAUCUACACCUCAGGUCUCAUUUUGACAGUGUAAAAUAGCAUGUUGUCAAAUCACACUUUAGUGUUUAUUUCAUAGGGAGUUUAGAAUGCAAGAAUUACACAUCUUAAUUCUGCAUCUUGAAUUUGCACCGUUAUUCGUGCAUCCUUAAAUGUAAAAAAAUAUUGCUCCUGCGUGGACAAAAGUAUAGGGAGAAUUUCAGACAUGGUUGACACUAGCACUGCUUUUUUGUGCUGUCAAAAUUAGGCCCCUCAUGUUUUGUCAUCUUUCACUUCUACUCUUCUGCCAAUAUGAGAAUGUGUGAAUGAGUGGUUAGUUAUUUUUUUCGCUUCUGAAAUGUUGCUGUUGGAAUUUAAACAAUCAAGUUAUGAAGAGGAAAUGUGUAGGUGAUAGGAAUUAUUUUAUUCGUUUUGUUAUCUGAGAUUUAUCAUAGGCACUAUAAGCAGCACAAUUUCCCCUGAAUUGCUACUUGUGUCACUGAAUUCUACCUGGAUAUGUAAUGUAGAUGUCAAGCAUUUAAGAUUAAGCAGGAGAAGAUAUUGGUUCUAUACCUUAUUUUCACAAUGAGCCUUAACAUUGAAAAUGUAUCUUAAAAUGUAUCUUUGUUACUUCAUGUGCUUCAUAAUAUAAAUGUUGAGAUCUAAUGUAUCAAUGAAAUUCAAGAUUGUCAAAUAGAGAUAACUACUGUGGUAUUUAGUUUUUGCUAUGUUGGAUAAACACAGAUUAAUAGGUCUUUAUAUGAAGACCCUUCAGUUGACUGCUGAAUGGCAGUCAAUAAAGAUAAUAAUCCCCACUUUGUGUAAGUUCAAUACCUUCAGCAAAUCAUAAUAACUAAAAUUGGAUGUGAAAUGAAAUAGCAAAGUGUAGUAAAAUAACGUUAUUAACCGGUUCCCAUGCUUUUAAAAUAAAAUAACGGUUCUG